AUUCUCUAUUCUUUAUUCGCCAUGACAUUUCGCGAAGUAUCUGGAUUUCUCAUUUAUCGCUAGAUUUUCCCGGCUUUCCGCUAGUUACGCUCAUUUAUGCUAACAAAACAAAACACGCGUGCCGUGCGAGGUGGUAGCCGUCGCGUGCAUAUGUUUUGCGGUUGCGUCUGGGGUUCCGGGUGGUUGCUGCGGUCGGUGACAAGGGCAGCUGCCGGCGGGCCAGCCAGCCGAGCUCAGUGGUGAACGGCGGCCGAGACUGCAACCGCGCGCCGAGCCCCGCUGUCAUGUGGCGCCGCUGCCUGCUGCUGCUGGCGCUGCUGCUGGCGUCGGCGACCGGUGCCGGCCAGUUCAGCUUCGGCCCGGCGCCGCCGGCCGUCGAUCGGUCGGCGCUGGACCGCUGCUUCUGCCAGCUGGAAGGCCAGGUGGACGACUGUGAGUGUAAUGUGGACACCGUUGACUUCUUCAACAAUGUCAAGAUCUUCCCUCGGCUGCAGUCGCUGCUAGUCAAGGAUUUCUUUCGUUUUUACAAGGUGAACCUGCGGCGCCAGUGUCCGUUCUGGGAGGAUGACGGUAGCUGCUCGCAGACUACCUGCCGCGUCCGGUGCUGCGCCGAGGAGGAAGUGCCCAUCGGCUUAAAGGCUGCUGCACCUGCACCGAAGACGGAAGAAAAGCCAAGUUACAAGUACACCGAAGCUGCCCAGACGGCGGAGGACGCGGGCUGCGACGGCGAGUCGCUGGGUGACCUCAACACCACCAUCAGCGCGUCUCGCCAGCGGCGCCUGGACAACUGGACGGCGCACGACGACGCGCUGGACAGCUUCUGCGACAUGGACGACGAGUCGUCGGCCGACAUGCAGUUCGUGGACCUGCUGCUGAACCCGGAGCGGUUCACGGGCUACCGGGGCGUGUCCUCCACGCGCGUCUGGUCGGCCAUCUACGACGAGAACUGCUUCAAACCGAAAGUCAGUAGUCCCGAGAACAAGUACGGCCCAAUCGUCGAUGCGUCAAACCUCGGAGCCGACCCUUUCCUGAUGGGCCUGUGUCUGGAGGAGCGCGUGUUCUACAGGGCCAUAUCGGGCCUGCAUACCAGCAUUACCGUCCAUCUCUGCAGCGAGUACCUGCUCUCAGAGGGGUGCCGCGGUCUGGGUCAGCUGGCGCCUGAGGUGGCCCGCUGGGGCCCGAACGCUGCCGAGUUCCACCGGCGAUUCGACCCGGAGCUGACCGGCGGCCACGGGCCUCGCCGCCUCAAGAACCUCUACUUCGUGUACCUGCUGGAGCUGCGCGCGCUGGCCAAGGCGGCGCCCUAUCUGACGCAGCUCGAGUACUUUACGGGCAACGCCGAGGAGGACGACGAGGUGCGCCAAGCGGUCAGAGACAUCCUGCCCGUCAUCAGCGACUUCCCGAGUCACUUCAACGAGUCGGUGCUGUUUCGCGGCGGCCAGGAGGCGCGCAAGCUUAAGACCGAGUUCCGCGAGCACUUCCGCAACAUCUCGCGCAUCAUGGACUGCGUCGGCUGCGAGAAGUGCAAGCUCUGGGGCAAGCUCCAGACCCAGGGCUUAGGCACGGCUCUGAAGAUCCUGUUCUCUGGCAAGUUCGACAAUCCGGACGUGUUUAAGGAGGGCUCGCCCAAGCGACAGAAGUUUCAGCUGUCCAGGAAUGAGAUUGUUGCGCUAUUUAACGCCUUUGCAAGACUCUCCACCAGCGUGAGGAACCUCGAGAAGUUCCGGGACCUGGAGAGGUGAUGCGGCGCCCCGGCGGCCGCGCCCAGGUGGCGGGGGAGGCGUGCGCUCCCUGAUGGCAGUGGGAGGGGGCUGCCCUGCACCGCGGACGGAGCCGCUGCCGGAGCGGCGCCAGAUGACGGUGUUGUGAUACACCAACGGCCGGUGGUGACAGCAGGAGGCCGCGUCAGCUGGCCGCCAGGACAAGGGGCACGAUGGGGAGGAGAGGGGCAGGGGCAUGAGGUGUCCGACUGUGUGCAGAGAUGGCUGGCGUCGCUGCCCAGGGCGGG